ACUUUGCCGGGUCUUUUCCGCGAAGCAGUUAUCAGUGUUUUGUUGAAACUUGCUUAUUUGCAUACCGCCGUCUCAUGUUCUGCAGUUUUAUUAUUUCAUUGUGCAACAAUUAUAUAUAUAUAUAACUAGCAUGUGCACGCCGAAGAAAGCAGACAAAAUAUAGAGAUUUAACUGGAACAACACACAAGCUGAAACAGGUAGUGUUUGGCGUUUCCUACAAGCAGUUGACAAUUACUCGCCGCGGCAAUAUAAACCCUGUCGUAUGCAUACUAAUCAUCAGUGGCAAUAUACAGAGAUUUAACUGGAAUAAAACACAAGACAAAAUAAAGAUGAGCGGCGAAAGUCCAUCAGAGCCGCACGGGCCCGGAAAGCUAUCAAAAAGUAUAAUAGGCAAGUUUGAUAGAAAGGGUGUACCGCCUAUUCCCUUCUUCCGCCAGACAAUUUUCCUGGUGAUGUCAUAACCCGGAAGUACAAUGCCCGUGGUUCACUUGUCUUCACUCGCCUGGAUGUGAUAUUCCCAGCGCAGAACUUUCGUCCCAUGGUUGUGCCGUAAACCGCAAAGACGCAGAUUUUUAUUAUCCUCUGAAGUCAGCUCAGGGAUGCAAUCACUUACCACCAUAGGGAGCCAAAACGGAAUCAACGUAUUCACGGUUUAAAGGGACUUGAUUUAAAGAUACGUUAUAUAGUGUUUGUGCUACUUAAAGUUCGCAAUUAAAUUAAAGAACUGUGCCACGUCACAUAGGAAUGGAGCUUUGAAUUUUUUUUUCUUUCUUAUAAACAUAUUUUUUUUCAUAUCAUCUAUUCAUUGUUAAUAAUCAUCUUAUGUAAAUAAUUUUUUAAAUAUUGUAAAGGGUGUCGAUUUGUUCUGAUGGUUACUGUCGCCGGUACGGCCUUUCCUGUCAUACUUUCAAACACGGACGGAAUAGCAGAUGGCAAAGCAAAACAAAAAAUGUCUCCCGUGAAAUAGAGAGACAUAGCUACAUAAAUCAUAUUGGAUUAAAAUAGACCGCAAGGAUAACUCUAUGUUGAAUCAAUUACAAAUCAUGAUCAGUAUUCAUACUUUGAAAGUUAUAUGUAAGAAUAUAUUUAAGUUUGGAAUCAAAUAUGUAUUAGUGUUAUUAUUACAGUGAUAAUUUCUUUCGAGUAGUCGAGAGCGUUGCCUUCUGGACAGUUCCUGAUACAGUUUUCUUUGGUAUUAAUGAUUUGAAGCAUUUUUACAGGAAAAUCUAUUUUUCGGCAAAGAAUCCUAACUCUAAACCUAUGCGAUCAGAGUCGAAAGUGACUAUGCCUGACAACCCAAUAUUUCAUUCACCCAUGAUACUGGUAUCACCUGUUGAUGGCGAAAUGACAUACGACCAGUCAACCUUAGACAAACUGGGAGAAAUAGAGAAACCACUGAAUAUAGUUUCUGUAGUUGGAACACUGAGAACUGGAAAGUCCUUCCUCUUAAAUAAACUUGCAAGACACGACCCAGCCAGUGAUAAAUCUUGGUUUGAGACUGGUCACACAACGAAAGCUGUGACAAAAGGUAUCUGGGUAAUGUGUCGGCCACACCCUACACAGGAAGACCAAGUUCUUGUUUUACUAGAUACAGAAGGAAUUGAUGAUCCUGAUAAGGUCAAUAUAGAAGACGACAAAAACCUGUUUGUACUUGCCACGCUUUUAUCCAGCACAAUGGUUUACAAUACAAGAGGGAACUUUGAUAAAACUGCAAUUGAUAAAUUUAAAUUUUUAAACAAGAUUAAAACAUCAAUAUUUGUAAGCGGUUCAGAAGAAGACGAUUCUAUCCUUGAUUUCUUUUUCCCGAACUUUGUUCUCACAUUAAGGGAUUUUACUCUUGAAACUAUCAAGGACGAUGAUACCUUUCUUGAAAAUAAUUUAGAGCUGAAACAACACAAAAAGGUGAAAAAAGGUAAACAAGAUGAACUCGAUGAAUACAACCUUCCUCGAAUACUUAUCCGAAGAUAUUUCAAGAACAGAAAAUGCUUCCGGUUCAGAAAACCGGUCAAACGAGAUCAGCUGAAAGAAUUGAUGACGCUGUCAGAGAAUUCAUUGAAGAGAGAAUUUCGGGAAACUUUGGACAAGUUCCGGAAUUACAUAUUUUCUUGUAAUCCGAAGUUACUGAAAUCAGGAAAAGCAAUAAAUGGCAGGAUGUUUUGUUCUCUAUUACGGAACUAUAUCAGUUCCAUACGAGCUGGAGAGUCUCUAUGUUUGACAAGCGCAAUGAUAUCAAUGGCAGCAGAGGAAAAUAAACAUGUAGUCCAGAAAGCUUCGGAAAUAUAUGAAGCUGAAAUGCAAAAACGCCUACCUUCCUAUUUACCGAGCGAGAAAUGUCUUGUUAACUACCACAAGGAUAGUAUGCAAGUAGCUCAAGAAGUUUUAAAGUCUGGACUAAUUAUUGACGAUGAACAAAUCUAUGAAAAGCAGGCUGUGGUUUGCUUCAAAGAACAGUUUGACAAAUUCAAGAAUAUUGUCAAGAAAGAUUUAGAAGCAAAAUGUUUGGUUAUACUGGAAAGACUUGAUACCACGAAAAUACAAGUGAAGAUAAAGAAUCGCAAAUACUGCACCCCAACAGGCUUUGAUGAUUACAUGAAAGAUACAGACUUGUUGAUCCAGCAAUUCAAUAGAGAAGCAGGUUACAUGGGAUCCGUAUCCAGAAUGGUUCUUCAAGAGUUUCUCGAUAAAAAAGUAGAAGAAGAGGAAACUGUGUACAAAAUGUCCCUAGAGGCACAAGGUGGACGAGUUGCAGAAGGGCAAGAAAAGCGAAAAACCAUACGCUUGAGUUUGUGGAGAGAAGAAGACACUGACCUUUUAAAUGAGGCAGAAGAAGUUGAAGAAUUAAUAAGAGCUGAUAUUGAAAUGUUACAAGUCAAUGGCCUACAGAACAUCGGAACACAAUACCUUGGCAUGCUGAAGACAAAAAUUGAAGAAAUAGAGAGAGUGAAGAAAGAGCUCACUCAGCGCAAUUCAUACUACCGUAAAUUGUGUCAAGAAACGGCUCAUUGGAAAGACAUUUUUGACAAAGCUACAUUUAAUCUACCCAAAGGCAAAGUUUAUAAUGAGCCUCGGGAAGAUGUUAUAGGACCGCUUUGGGAGAAAGCGCUCAAGAAGGAUGAAUCUACAGAAGAAGACGAUGUCACAUCACAGUCUUCUUUUGAUGAGGAAAAUUACAAACAUGCACAAGAAAAGUCUGCAAGUGGUGCAACUGUUCUGCCUGACAGAUUACCACCAGAGGGGAUAUCAGAUAACCCAGUUUAUUUUGACCCGGCCACUGUUACAACUGUUAAAGAACGAAAAAAAUCCCACAAAUGUAACAUGAUGUAAAUGUAAUCGAUUAUUGGAGAAAUCGAGCAAAGAUGUGCAUGACUGAACUUAACAACAAAUUUUUAUAGGGUAAUUUAAGUAUUUAGGAGCUACUGUUUUGUUUUUUGUUGUUUUCUUUUCGGUAUAAAAUACAGUUUCGAAUUAUGGUACACACAGCCAAAAAGCAUUUUAGCUCACCAGAGCAAUGUGCUUAAGGUGAGCUAUUGUUGUUAUAACAUUUCUAAUGUCUAAUAAUUUUGUGAAGUCUUCAAUAAAAUCUUAUGAAACUGUCUUCAUAAUGUUCCAACUUUUUCUGUCGAAAUAUAUAUUGCAUAUUCUUAAUGAAUACUAAUUAUGGGGUCGAUUAGAGAUGACGUUUCAGAUAUUUUCAAUGUUUAUUAAAUUUGAAAAGUCUAUAAUUUACGUUGAAGUAGUACAAAUUAAACAUAACAAUUCAACUCAUCUCUUCCAACCGGGGUUUAAGAUCCUAAUAAUGUUGAUACGUAGAUAUUAUAAUGUUAUUUUUAAAAAUACGUUCAGGAGAAAGGAUAAAAAAGAAGAAUAUAAGAAACAAUAAUAUGCCGAUGUAAUUCUUCACGUAAUCAUCUUGUGUUUUCGUGUACUUCUAACUUCUUCCUAACGACGUCUUGAGAACGUUAUUUGAAAUAAAGCUUCUAAACUGAUUUCAUGAAGACGAUAGGUGCGUUGCCUUAAAUGGUCUUGUAUGUAUAUUAUGGUGGUGAAUAGUUCAUAUAAAUUCUCUCUACUCUUACUCUCUCUGCGGUUUUUUAUGCUUACUUCGAUCUGUAAAACUGUAAAAUAAAUGUCCGUAAAUUAUUAACAACCUUUAGCAAAGAAAUCACAUGUUUCCACUCCAUUCUUUUUAAGAUUAUUCAACCCAUGUCUAAUAAUAAUAAUUAACAGUAAGUUAAGAAAAAAGUAUAAAGACAUACACUGCAGAGUUUGUGAAAUCUCCUACAAAGCCCCUCGUACCUUUUUCAUGUCAAAUAACGUGUUAUUUAAAAGACAUGUUAACAUUUGUAUAAAGAUAUGAUUACACUAGAACCUGUAUUUAGAAGUGGAUUUAAGAGGUUUUUUCUAAUUAGUGCUUUUAUUAUUUAGUUAUGGUGAAUAUUAGUCAAAAUAAAGGGAUUCAGAAAGCUACAUGCAUUAUAUUUGCUUAAAAACACCCGUAAAGUGUUUAAAAUAAGUUACUGUCUUUUUUAAAUCGUUAGUCGCAAAGUAGAAAUGUAGUACAAUAGAAGGCUGUUUAGUUGUAUUUAUUAUAAAUCAGUAAUACUUGUUUAUGCCUUUUUAUAUUAAAUUUUGAUAUUUUAUAAAAAUGAUGAUUCAUUUUGUGGAAUGCCUCUUUAGUUCGUGCUAAAUGAUAAGCGACGAAUAAAAUACGAGGGGCGUUCAAUAUGAAAGUUACUCCGUAUGUAGUUCCGUAUCCGCUUAUCAUUUUUAGAUGCGGUUUUCGACACAUUAUAGAGUAAUUUAUUAGCAACACAAUGCUAUAUAAAUUAUGAAAAUCGGUAAAUUCAAAGUAAAAAUAUAAUCAUUUGAGUGAGGUAUACUCGGGUAUACUGGACAAUUUUAUGUCCAAAAUAUUAAGAUUGUAAUAUACAAAUUCCUUGAUUCUACUAUUCAACAACUAGAACUCUAGUUCAUUUUUCAGUUUAAACAGAUAAAACAAAUCAUGACCUUCACAUAAACAUAUGAAAACUAAAAUAAAAAAGUUUAUAACAGUUUUAAAUCGAGUGUGUAUAUUAUUACUCGAAAAAUGAUAAGGUGAGUACAAUAAGCCUCUGCAAUUUUGUCAGGCGCGAUAGUCAUCGUUUAAAAAAUUCUUGUAUUUUAAGUUAAUACUAGUAUCUUAAUUCUCGAUUGCAAAACUAAUUCUUACAACUUUGAUUAGUCUCUCUCAACACCCAUUCCAGAUGGAAUCAACCUCGCGUUUUAGAUUUUUUAGUUGUGUUGUAAAAUUAGAAAUGCAAUAAAUAGUUUAAAACAAACGCAAACUCAUCACAAAUUGUUGUACCUCGUAGAAAAAUGAUAGAAUUUUGUGAUUGUACAAGUUAUUCUAUUUUUCUAAUACUCUGGAUGCCAAGGACAAACCAAAAUUAUAAUUAUGAUCCAGUAUACCUGAGCACACCUCACUAAAAUUAUUAUAUUUUUACUUUGAACAUGCCGACUUUUAUAAUGUAUGUAGCAUUUUGUUUCCAAUAAAUUGCUUUAUAAUAUGCCGAAAACCGCAUCUAAAAAUGAUAAGCGGUUACGGAACCACAUACGGAGUAACAUGACAUAUUGAACGCCCUUGUACGUUUGAAUAUUAUAAAUGGCACUAUAAACAACUCACAGCCGACUUUAAUACUGGAAGUCGUAAAAGAUAGACUUGAUGCAAAAGUGUUAACAACAACAACAACAAGUUUAUUAACGAAAUUGACAAUAAGUUGCCGGUGGCUACUUAGCAAAAACGAAUUUCAUGUUAUGAUACACAAAAAUAAAUACACAUAUAUGAUAAUUUUCAAUUUAAAAACUAAUCCCCAAUAAUAACCUGAUUCCCGCCGAAACGCGAGGACAAGUUCAUUCCAUGAUAACUGAUAAAAUAACAAUUCAUAAUGCUUGCAUAUUACUUGACAAGUAAAUAUAAGUAUUUGUUUCAUUUUAACUAUUCAGUUAGUAUACUGCAACAACAGUCGGGUAAAAUGAAGAUAACAAUUGGAUAUAAGCAAAUCGUUUUGUGAGUUCGAACCAUCAUUAUGAUUUUUUUCAGAUUUUUGUUUUGUUUUUCCUAUUCGUUUUCAUUUUUGUUCCCAUAUCUUUUUUUCUUUCUUUGAUGCUUUGUAUUUUGCCACACGGCAAAAGAUCUGUUUAACAUGGACAGUAUGCUUUAUAUCUGAGCUAAUUUGUAAUUGCUAUAUCUAUAUUUUAACAUGUUAGAAAAAUGUUGAAUUCCCUACGUUCCUUUUUAAUCUAUUUAAAGUCAUGUUUGUUAACAUCAAGUUAUCGCUUGGGCAUAGUAGUUUCGACAAAUAAUUACGCAUUCUGGUAUAUACAAGUAACAAAUAUUAUAUAUGGAACAUUUCUUUACAUUCAACUUAUUAACAGUAACUAUGAAAUAUUAUAAUUAGCUAAUUAGUUACAGUUAUCUGUCCCUCGUUACCCGACUAAGGAAAUGUAUCCGUGUGAAAAGCAUUCCCUCAUUUAUGAUAGAAAAAUUUCGUUGAAAUUAGAUAUUUUGAGCUUGCUUCUGGAAGUAGGAGAGUUUUAUAAAACUGAUAUGAAUGAAAGGGGUAAAAGUUUGCUUGAAUGUCUUGAUUUCUUUUGCGAAUAGCUGUCUGUCGAUAUUGCAAAAAGUAGGCUCAGGGGAGAUACACAUAACUGUUAUUAGAAAUAUAUAUUGUCGUUUUUAUUUUUAUAUUGUACCUAUAAUUGUAUUCUGUGACCAUUACCUAGAUAA